AUGGAUUCUCCACGCCGGAGUAGGAACCGUGCGGCCUGUCGAAGGUGCCAGCGCCGAAAAAUCCGCUGUGAUGGGGUUCUACCGCAAUGCGCUUCAUGCAAGAAGGCAAAUGUGGCUUGCGUCAAUGACGGCAAGCAGGAGGUCAAUCGCUCGUAUAUUGCAAAUCUGCAAAAACGAGUACAAUGGCUCGAGUCCUUAGUCCGUGAAGAAGGGACUACCGCCGAUCUUGAAGAUGGUCCACCAGAUUCGAUGGACCUUUCACGGCUUGAGCCUACCUAUGAAGAAAACCAUACAUCCAUCUCCCUCAAUUCACCACCUUGCCAGAAUGGACAGCGCCAAGGGCCUAUGGAGGACCCUCAGCCACCGCGCACGUCAAGACAGGCUCAUGAAAUCGGGCUAGUGUCAUUAUCCUCUGGCGGCGAGCCGAGGUAUAUCGGUCCCUCGAGUGGCUACUUUCUUGCGAACCUCGUAUUUUCUAGUGCCGGCCGACGGACAGGUCCAGCUGGAAAUCAUGGCGGCUCCAAUGACCCCAUUUCAUUGUCAGCCGAGCUGUUCAACAGCCCUGCCUCACUACCUAACAAGAAAGAAGAUGCCGUUGAGUUGUCUUCGAAAUACUUCACUUCCGUCCAUUUUCUCUACCCGUUCUUACACGAGCCAUCCCACAUGCAGCGAUUGGAAAGUAUGUACACCGAUGCGGACCCGCAUCCUUCCGUCGCUUUUCAUGUCUACAUGGUACUUGCCAUAGCAGCAUCGGAUCUAUCCCGGCGAUUCAGACUACGACUUCCCGCCGAAGGCUAUUACACCGCAGCCACACAACACUUUGAAAGGGCCUGUGCUGAAGGCUCUCUGGAGGGGCUCCAGAGUCUACUUCUGCUUAUGGUUUACGCGCUCCAUAACCCAUCUUGCGGGAUCAACAUAUGGAGCUUGAACUAUCAAUGCCUGGGUGCGCUGAUUGACUUGGGUCUGCAACGCGAUGUGCGUGCAUCACCGGCAUUUCCGAUAUCCUUUCUAGAGCAAGAGAUGAGAACUCGGAUAUUUUGGGUGGUCUAUAAUUUUGAUCGAACACUGGGGACAAUGAUGGGUAGGCCAAUCGGAGUUCGAGAUGAGGCUUGCGAGCUUCGGCUACCAUUUGACAUCGCUGAUCAAUACCUCGCCGAAUCCGCUGUGCAAGAGAGGACCGGAGAAAGCCCACCUUCUCACAUGACAUAUUCGAUCCACCUGUUCAAGCUGGCGCGGAUAAACUCCGAGAUCAAAUAUGUCAUGCACAGCAUCAGCAGAAACCCACCAAGAUAUGCAUACCCUCCGGUCGUCGACAUAUACCAAUGGCAAAAAGAUAUGAUCGACAAUCUCGGGUCAUGGUUGGCGGAUAUCCCACGAUCAGCUGGAAUGCAGUCCAUUGCGAAGAUCUGCGAGAAUAAAUACCAUGAGAUGAUGAUAUUGAUUCUCCGACCUAGUCCCGGCAUCCCAGAGCCCUCGGACAAUGCGCUUGCGAAAUGUUUUCAGCACACGGUGGAGCUACUUCGUGGAUUUGGAGAUCUGUACCGACAGGAAGCGAUGUUGUAUAGUAGACUCGUCGUGCAUUCAAUAUUCCUUAGUGCACUCAUCAUGCUCCAUAUGAUAUGGCGACUUCCCCAAAUUGCAUCACAGGUUCAUAUUGACGAUCUGGUGGCCGAUACAGGCAUCAGUCUGAAUAUUCUCAGCAGUAUCGGAGAGUACUGGGCCGAAGCCAGGCGGGCGCGUGACUGCAUUCAUGAACUAUCUGGUGCCACCAUACAAAGAUUGAUCAAAUUACGAAGCCUUGACAAAUCUCCACGAGCAACGAGAACACAAAGGGCAGGUGUGGCACAGACACCACAAAGCAGCACGGCAAACGAGUUGUCUGAUCAGGUGGAUUCGGCAGUGGACAUCACCCCAUCCAUGACCUCUCUAAUGGAUGACUGCGGCUUCAAUAUGGACGGUACUAGCUGGUUGAAUGAUUCGAUUUCAGGAGGUUUUAUGGAUUUUGCUGGGGUGCCGGACUUUGACAGUCUUAUGUGGGAAGUAUUCAACAGUACUUGA